CAGACACUACAUCUCUGUUACUUAACAGUUUAGUACAGAAUUUUUUAUUAAGGCAUCAAGCCGCAUUCAAAAGAAAAUAUAUAAUGCGUGAAAGACGUGAACGAGACCGAGAUCGGGAAAGAGAUCGUGAUCGUGAACGGGAUCGGGAUCGGGAUCGAGAACGAGAGCGGGACAGGAUCCGUGAAAGGGAUAGAGAACGGUAUCGCUCCAAAUCUAAAUCUCCUCGCAGCAAUAGAAAUAGAUCAAAGUCAAAGAAGAAAAAGUCUAAGAAAUCUAAGAAGUAUUAUAGACGCAGUCGUAGUAGCAGCCGAAGCUCAUCUCGCAGCACAACUCCGCACAGUUCCCGCAGCAGUUCACGAAGCAGACAGAGCAAGAGUAGGGACAACGAUUCGCGAAAAUCAAAAUCUAGAUCCAUAUCACAACGCACAACCCGAGCACCCAGUUCAGAAAGCUCUACACGCCCGGCCACUUCUUCCACGCCCGCCGUCAAAGCCAUUGAUUUAUUGGAUGCCAAAGUGCAAAAGGCUUUGGACACCAUUGACGAGGAUACAUUCAAGCCAACAGCAUUCUUCAGCACACGAGAUCGAGAGGCACAGGAUAAAGACAAAGUAAUUAUUGACCUAAAUAAGGAGACUAUUAGCGUACCCAAGCCAAGCGAAGUUGUGACAGCAAAAGAAGACGAUAUAUUUCAUCCAAACUUUUUGGGCGAUUCGGAACUAAAGGCAGAGAAAUGGCUGCGCAAACUUUACAAUUAUCGUCAAAAGUAUAUAGAGCAGUAAGAGCGUAUUUUAAUUU